CGUAAAAUUAUGAAAUAUUUCAAAAGAAUCGAGAAAGAAAAAACAAGAAAAAAAUUAAAAGCAACGUGUUGUUCGUUUACAUAAAUCUUUUAUCUUCACUUAUUAUCAACAUCUUCUACGUUACAAAGCAAUAUGCAAUUGUGUAUACAAAAGUGUGUACCAAUGAAUAGACGGCCGUGAAAAGAAGACACACAAAAUGGAAACAAUCGAAAGUCGUUAAAUUGCAAAAUGGUGUGAAGUGUAGGCUGCAAAGUGGUUAAGUCGAAUCUCAGCUUCGAGCACACGUGACCGUCCAUGUUUCGAUGACUCAGUGACACUAAGUGCUCUGGCAAUUUGUGCUUGAAGAACUCAUUUGUGCAGUGUGGCAACAAGAAGAUUUUUAAUACGAAUCGAAUUGGAAAUUUUGAAAGAUUUUGAUUUUGCUUUGUGCGUUUGAUCUAGAUCGAUUCCAAAUCGUAGAAGAAAUCUGUAUAGGAUGAGAAGUUCGCUUGUCUUAUCAACAUCGAUUUGAAUGAAAUUGAGUGUUAUUUGAAGACGUGUGCACGAAGUAUUAACGAUUUAUGAGAAUUUAUGCAAGUGAGCAAUUGUGCGAGUGAGAAGCGUGAGAAAUUUGAUAAAAUUUAUGCAAGUUUCUUAUUGCGUGUAUUUCUCUAUUCUGCCUGCUUUUAAAGUCUCGUCGAUAAUUAGUGUUAAUUUGAAAAUACGUAUAAGAAAAGAAGAAAUAAAAUUUUUUCGAUGUAUAAGAGGAAAACAAAAAUACGAUUUAAAAGAUUUAAAAACGGAUUUAAAAGAACUAUAGAAGAAGAUUUAAUUCUAAAAAUAAUUUAAAUUAUCAAUUGAAAUGAAACUUUUAAUGACAUUAUAAACUAAAUCGCGCAAUGUUAUUCGAAAAGAAGAUUUAACGGUAUUGUUCUUAUUAUUAUCGCGUAAAACAUCACGUGCAAAAAAGAAGUUGAAAAUAUUACGACAGAAAAAGAAAUUCAUCCUGUUGAAUUUCAUUAUUUCCAAUAUUUUUUCAUAAAUUAAAAAAUCUUUCGAAAUAUAUAAAAAUAACUUCGAUGAAAUCGAAAGUCUAAAACCAUAAAUACGGGAACACGCGAAGUGGAACGGUUUUGCAAGAAAUAUUUAACGAAUUAAAAUUUAGACUUUCCAUCGAUAACUAACCUUUUUUUUUUUAGAGAAACCAACAAUGAUCGUAAUUACGUUAGCAAUUGUGACCGAGACAAAUUCGCGGAGUCGCAUAGAGAAACAUCAAUUAAGUACAUGUUUGCGUGUAAAUAGCGGAAGAGGCCGUUUAUUGGUCACGUAAGUGAUACGAAACAUUGCGAAGGAAAUAUUUUUCAACAGUCAAUCGUGCAACGCGAACGCGUUCUUUCCUUUUUACCCAUCUAUCGCUCCUCCAUAUUCGCUUCCUUCCUUUUUAUUCCGACGGAUACGGAAUACGGGAACGAUGAUGGACUCUGAGAAAAAAUGUAAUCGAACGGCCAUCGGAAUUGAUCAAAACAUGUCUUCGAUGAAAAGUUCGAAAGAAGAGACGUCAAAUUUUCAAAAAUCGAAAUCUCAAACGGCGGUAGAGGCAGAAUCAUCGGCGGCAGGCUCGUCGGGAGGGAGUGGUUGUUUCUCGAGGCGCGACAAGGUGACCGAUAUUCUCGACAAACAAUCGUCCACCGAUUCCGCGAAAAUAUUCAAAUCUUCGAGAUUCGGGAACGAGGAGAGUCACGAGAAUAGAUGGAAGAAAUUUUGGGACCAUCAUCGAAAUAAAUUUCGACAGAGGUGCGAGAAGGAUCUCGCGACGAGGAAUCGAUCGCUCGAGGAGAUGACGACCGAGGUGGACGCGGUGUUUCGAAAGGCGAUUCGAAAUAUUCGUUUCGAUCGAUCUUCCACCGCGGACGAGAGCUGUCCAGAGAAGGAUAACAAGAGUGGGAAAGGGACGGCGAGCGUGUCGCAAAGUGUGGAGAAAUCGUUACAGCAACGAUCGAGGUUGGCUCGUUCGAAGGAGGAAGGUACGUUUACGAACAAAAUCGAAGAACACGACGAUCCUUCGCCUCUUAAAAACAGCGAAGGGAGAGGGGAGGAUGAAAAUACGUUGAGCGCGAUCAGUCGUGCCAAUUUUCCCCUCGUGGAAAUUAAUAGGGGGGAGGGGGAAUGGAAUGAAAACACGAGGGCAAAAAAUCCUUCGAUCAGGAAAUGGAGCUCGUUGGAGAAUUUAUCCAUCAACGCGAGAGGAGGGAAUUCUUGCGAUCGGAGCAUAGAGGGCCUAUCGAUCGAAAGAGUAAUCGGAUGCAAGGAAAAGAGAAGGAUCGAGUCUUUGAGGUCUUCGUUGGAAAGGAAAAUGGGAUCUGUGGAGAGGAUGUUGGAGGAUCAGAUAGAGAAAAUAUGGGACGAGAAAGUGGAGAAACAUCCGUGGUUGUUGCCUAUCGACAAUUGGAUCGUUGAUCGUUGCAGAUCUUCUCGAAAGUGUUCUUCUGCCGUUCAGAACAGGAGAAACGAUAGUUUACACACGGAGGAAGGGAAUUCGGUGGAGAAAGAACGAAUUGAAGAGAGUUUCGAUUCUAAAUUUAUCGCUUCGGGAACGGGAGACGGAGAGGGAAGGGUGGAGAUGAAAUCGAUUGAACAUUUGAAGAAGCCGGAAAGAUUGAAAUUCGAAAAUAUGAACUCGAAUUCGAGAUUGAAGAGGCUCGAUCAGUCGAAGGAGGGAGAAGUUUUGGAGAUGAAAGAUGUAAAACACUAUGACCUAUUUGAUAAACUGAAGGACAAUGUUAAAGAGAAAAUGGAGGAUAUUCACAGGUAUUUCCAAAGGACCAAUCGAUUGGCAGAUGUAAAUAGACGAUUAAAGUCGCAAAUAUGGAGCUCCGUGGUGACGAUCGUUCUCGUGGAGGCGAAGAAUUUGCUACCUAUGGAUAUAGAGGGCCUCUCGGAUCCCUACGUCAAAUUUCGUCUUGGGACAGAAAAGUACAAGUCAAAAGUGGUGCACAAGACCUUGAAUCCCGUUUGGUUGGAGCAAUUCGAUCUUCACCUAUACGAAGAUCCCUAUUUAGGGCAGGAGUUGGAGGUGACGGUGUGGGAUCGCGAUAAAAGCCAUCAGGAUGACUUAAUGGGGAAGACGGUGAUAGAUUUGGCAACGCUCGAACGCGAGACGACUCACAGGCUAUGGCGCGAUCUCGAGGACGGUUCUGGAAACAUUUUUCUCCUGUUGACCAUCAGUGGAACUACCGCCAGUGAAACGAUCAGCGAUCUAGCUGCCCACGAGGAGACUCCUCGCGAACGCGAACAAUUGUACCAAAGAUAUUCAAUGAGAAACACGUUGCAGAGGUUGCGAGAUGUUGGCCAUUUAACUGUGAAGGUAUUCAGAGCGCAAGGUCUCGCGGCGGCCGAUUUGGGCGGGAAGAGCGAUCCUUUCUGCGUGUUGGAAUUGGUGAACGCUAGAUUGCAGACUCAGACGGAGUACAAAACGCUGGCUCCAAACUGGCAAAAAAUAUUUACUUUCAACGUGAAAGAUAUUAAUUCGGUGCUGGAGGUGACGGUGUACGACGAGGACAGGGACCACAAGGUGGAGUUUCUCGGGAAAGUUGCCAUACCUCUUUUGAAGAUAAGGAACGGUGAAAAACGAUGGUACGCGUUGAAGGACAAGAAAUUGAGAGGUCGAGCAAAAGGGAAUUCCCCCCAAAUUCUGUUGGAAAUGACCGUGGUGUGGAACGUUGUGAGAGCCUGUGUACGAACGUUGAAUCCCAAAGAGAAGAAAUACAUGGAACCGGAGAUAAAGUUCAAGAGACAAGUGUUUCUGCGUAACGUUCUCAGAUUGAAGGCAAUCAUCGUUAUCGUUAUCGACAUUGGAAAAUACGUGCAGAGCUGCUGGGAAUGGGAAAGUAAAAUGAGAAGCAUCUUUGCACUGGUUAUCUUUGUUUUGGGCUGUUACUAUUUUGAGCCUUACAUGUUCCCUGGAAUAGCACUCCUUAUCUUGUUAAAAUACUAUCUGCUUUGCGGGGAUGGAAAUGGAUUGAAACAAUGGAUUUCCGGACAGGUCGCGAUGAUAACCGGUACGCCCUUGACCCAUCACACCACCCAUUCGCACUUUCACGACGAGAUCGACGAAGGUCCAGCCACUCCCGGGGACGACGACGACGACGACGACGACAAGGAUAAAGAAGAGAAGAAAAGUCUGAAAGAGCGGUUGCAAGCGAUUCAAGAGGUGACCCAGACCGUGCAAAACUCGAUCGGUUACAUAGCGAGCCUCUGCGAAAGGGUGAAGAAUCUCUUCAACUUCACUGUCCCUUAUCUCAGUUACCUGGCCAUGAUAUUGGCAAUCCUGGGCGCCGUUGUCCUCUACUUCAUCCCCCUUCGAUACCUCAUCCUAACGUGGGGCGUGAACAAAUUCUCGAGGAAGAUCGUCAGGCCUCACUCGGUUCCGAACAACGAGUUCCUCGACCUCAUAUCCAGAGUGCCCGACGACGAGGAACUCCUCAAUUACAGGGAGUUGAAACCGUUGCCGACCGCCGAUUGCGAGAAAGGAUCUGGAAGUCCAGGCGUGUCGAAUCAGAUGCGGAGGGAGCAGAGGAAGAGGCACAAGGCCGCGUAGCAGCAUGCCCCGCGGCCGGAAGUCGCGGGUCUACGAUCACCGAGCAUCCUGAGGACGGUCCUGCUGCGCCGGAAUAAGCGCCAGCGAAAGGGAUCAGCGGAGAAUCCGGAUGUGAUCGACAUAGACUGAGAAACGCCACGUUUCCACACUCACCGUAGUCGUUUUAGCUAGAAGGGGUUGGGGGGGGGGGCGGUAAAAUUUAAAUCGAAAUUUACGAAUAAAGUUACUCCCGAACGAGUCGAUAAUAUAAAUCAACGGAACAAUCUAAAGUGGAAUAAUGGAAAAUUUGAUCGAGAAUCAAAAACUUUUAAACUUUUACCAAAGUAACUCUAUUCGAAAUUUUCAACUUUUUUGGGUUAAUCAACACUGUUUCCGAUAUUUAAAUCGGCGUGGUAUGCGCCUCGAUCGUUUCGAAUCGUUUCGUUCUCGAUGAUCGAUGAAGAUAAAUGUAAAAUGUAAAUGCGUUAGAGAUUAGCUCGGGAGGAAGGAGAAAGAGAUGGAAAAAAUAUGGUUAGGAAGUUGCAAUUUCGAUUUAUUGGCAAGGAUUAUUUUUACGUAGGAUAGAAUAUUGGUAGAUUCGUUUAACUUUGGAAAGCAUGUUUACACGUUAUACAAUCAUGGACGAAUUCUCAAGGAGCAUACCAACAAGGGGGAAAAGAUUAUCAAUAGGUACAUUUCGGUUUUAUAAAUUGGAACGAGUGAAAUCGAUAAAUUUGAUAAAAAAAAAUAUAUAUAUAUGUAUAUUCUCGUCUAGAAAUAAUCUAGAUAGCGUUUUUUUUUUCUGGAACGUGUAAGAUAAGAGAAAACGACGACGACUGCGUGCCAUCGUCAGGGAGAUAAGGAAAGGUAUAUUUCUUCUUUUUUCCAUUCAUCGUUUCUCAAACUAUGUUUGAGAAAGUGAUAAACCGAGUAUUCUGAAAGUAUACCUCUCUUUUGUACGGGGGAAGAGGGGAAUGUAUCGAAAAAUAGCGCAAAACAUUUAAUAACCGUGCAUUAGUCAAAAAAGUAAGUAGACGGAGAAGAGAUAUAAGAGGGAUGUAAAGAGAGUUUUAAGGGGAGGAAAAAAAAGGAAAGUGUACAUUACACGAGAGUAUUUCCCGGCCAACGGGUUAUCCUCGUCGAUCCGUUUCGUCCAUCGGUGUCGUAGAUAUAGCUGCUACAAAAUCGUUACCAGUGACAGUGAGGUGUUCGAAGAUUUAAAAGGAGAGAAAAGUUGAAACAAAAAAAAAAAAAAAAAAAAAAAAAAAAUGUAAAAAAAAUGUAAAAAAAAAAGAAAAAGAAACAAAAAAGACAAAUAUGUUAUUCCGCGACGGUCUCGUCUAGCCGAGAAAUUUCGCUCGACGAGCUGUUUCUUCCAUUUCACGAACGACGAAAAGAGCCCAUUAAUUAUUCUAUAAUAUAAUAUUUCACGUAUGUUUAUUUUAAUAAAAAAAGAAAAAAAGUUAAAUUAUAUAGUUCGAUCAGUAUAGUUAGUCUAUUUUUAUUUUUUUAAUUUGCGCUACCUCUUCGUUGCGUUAAAAUCGUUUAAACGAUUCUAUCAUUUUAUUAGCCUAUUCGUCGUUCGCGAAAUCACGUAUUAUUUAAUCUUUUUAUCGUUGAGACGUUUUUCCAAGUGUCUCAAAGUUAUUCUCUUUAUAUAGUAUUUAAUAUAUUAACGAAUUCUUUGUUCCAACGCACAUUUUCACGCGUUAGUCCAUCAUCUCCUCGAGCAUGAACGUAAUAUGUCGAACGAAUGGCGAUUGUAUCCUCUUCGUUCGUGCUUAGAUCGGAGAACAUAUCAAGUUUAAAGAUUUUAAGAAGUAAGACAAAAAGGAAAAGAGAUAUUGAAUUUAUAAUAGAAUUACCAGGAUUUAUUUGUACCAGGAAAUCUAGUUAUAUGGUAAUCCGAUGAAGAAACCGUGAAAUAUAUAUUUAUGCGUGUGAAGAUGCCCGAAAGAAACCGGAGAAACACAAUGAAAGGGAGGAAAAUAAACGUUUCUUCGACA